UUUUUUAAUAGGCAAGUAAACCACACAAAUUAUCAACAUGGGACGGAGAUCUACAUCAUCCACCAAGAGUGGAAAGUUUAUGAAUCCUACAGACCAAGCCCGGAAAGAAGCCCGGAAGAGAGAAUUAAAGAAGAACAAGAAGCAACGCAUGAUGGUACGAGCUGCAGUUUUGAAGAUGAAAGAUCCUAAACAAAUUCUCCGGGACAUGGAGACAUGGGAUGAAAUGGAAUUUAACCCAGUACAACCACCACGGUUAAACGAGAAGGUGCUGAAAGAUAAACGUCAAAAACUGCGUGAAACCUUCGAACGUAUUCUACGGCUCUAUGAAAAAGAGAAUCCAGAUAUAUACAAAGAACUAAGAAAGUUGGAAGUAGAAUAUGAACAGAAAAGGGCUCAACUUAGCCAGUAUUUUGCUGCUGUCAAGAACGCCCAGCACGUGGAAGUGGAGAGUAUUCCUUUGCCAGAUAUACCACAUGCUCCUUCCACCAUCCUGAUCCAGGACAUUCCCCUUCCUGGUGCCCAGCCACCCUCCAUCCUUAAGAAGACUCCAGCCUGCGGACCUCCAUCUCGGGCGGUGUCUAUACUUCCUCUUCUUGGACACGGUGCUCCACGCUUGCCUCCUGGCAGAAAGCCUCCCGGGCCUCCUCCCGGGCCUCCACCUCCUCAAGUCUUACAGAUGUAUGGCCGGAAGGUCGGCUUGGCCCUAGCCCUUCCUCCUCGGAGGCGAGAUGAAGACAUGCUGUGUAGCCCUGAACUGGCUCAGCGGGGUCCUGAUGAUGACGUCUCCCGCACCAGUGAAGAUGACGGCUAUCCUGAGGACAUGGGUCAAGAGAAGCACAACGACAGUACUGACGACAGUGACACUGACCGAUCAGAUGGAGAAAGGGAAGGCGAUGACUUGGGGCACCGGGAUGAUAAGGAGAGAGACACCAAUGAAGAAAAAAAACGGUUGAGUGGACGGUUUGCAGAUAUGCCUGGAAAGUCAAGGAAGAGAAAGAAGAGUAUGAAGGAGCUGACUCCUCUCCAAGCCACGAUGCUUCGAAUGGCAGGUCAGGAAAUCCCUGAGGAGGGCCGUGAAGUAGAGGAGUUUUCAGAGGAGGAGGAGGAGAAGGAGGAGGAGGAGGAUUCUGACGCAGAAAAGCCAUCGCAGAAACAGCACAAGGAGGGCUCUCUCUCUGACGGCACAUCUGGUGCUUCCCAGCAGCAAGCGCCCUCUCGGUCUGUUCCUCCUCAGAUACAGGCAUCUCCCAUGCCAGGACCACCUCCUCUGGGACCACCACCUGGGCCACCCACAGGCCUUCCUCCUGGACCACCUCCAGGAGCUCCUCCAUUCUUGAGGCCACCCGGAAUGCCAGGACUUCGAGGGCCUUUCCCCCAACUUUCACCUCCAGGACCACCACCAGGCUCACCCCCCGGCCCUCCCCCAGGUCCACCUGAGGGUCUGCCUCCAGGCCCCCCUCCUCGGGGACCUCCACCAAGGCUACCUCCCCCUGCACCUCCAGGGAUCCCUCCGCCUCAUCCUGGGAUGAUGCGCCCCCCUUUGGUGCCUCCACUCGGACCUGCCCCGCCUGGGCUCUUCCCACCGGCUCCCUUGCCGAACCCAGGAGUUCUGAGCGCGCCUCCCAACUUGAUCCAGCGACCCAAGGCGGAUGACACGAGCGCAGCCACCAUUGAGAAGAAAGCGACAGCAACCAUCAGUGCCAAGCCACAGAUCACCAACCCCAAGGCCGAGAUUCCUCGGUUUGUGCCCACCGCACUGAGGGUCCGUCGGGAGAAUCAAGGGGCUACCGAAGCUCCCCAAAGGAAGUCAGAGGAUGAUUCUGCUGUGCCUCUUGCCAAAGCAGCCCCUAAAUCUGGCCCAUCUCUUCCUGUCUCAGUACAAACUAAGGAUGAUGUUUAUGAAGCGUUCAUGAGGGAGAUGGACAGGCUGCUGUGA